AUGAGCCUGACUGUAGCAACGUUUACUAUCAGCUCUGCAGUCAAGUCGUGCCAGGUAUUACUGCGAGUUCUUCCACAUGUCAUUGAUCAGCCUGCAACACGGGCGUUUGGAGUAGACCUUUUAUCUACCUCGCAGCUCCUGUGCCGCGGGAGCAGCUGUGCCCCUGCGGGCACUACGCCUCGAACCGCCCCGGUAACCUACGCUUUCACUAACGGGGUGUUACCUGCACUUGGAAGCAAUUUUCUUAAGACAACACAGACGAGAAUCGAAACCUGGCCCGCCUUACCGGGCAUCACGGACAAGGCCUUCAUGGAGGCCUGCGUGCGUGUGCACAACGACCUCCGUGCCAAAGUGCAGCCGGCCGCCAGCAACAUGCGGUACAUGACUUGGGAUGCAGCUUUGGCAAGGACUGCAAGGGCAUGGGCAAAUAAAUGUGUUUUUGAACAUAAUGUACACUUACAUAAGAAACAUCAGUGCCAUCCUAAUUUCACAUCGAUUGGAGAGAACAUUUGGGUUGGAAGUCGUCAAGCAUUCUAUGUUGCUGAUGCCAUUAAAUCAUGGUAUAAUGAGGGCAGAUUCUAUACUUUCGCAGUGCAUAAGUGUACUAAGCUUUGCGGUCAUUACAUUCAGGUUGUUUGGGACUAUUCGUAUAAAAUCGGCUGUGCUGUUACUCUUUGUAAGGAAGUUGCAGGAAUACAAAAUGCAGCAAAUUUUGUUUGCAACUAUUCACCAGGUUUCUACACCAUAGGCAGAAAGUCCAAACUAGAAAAACUGAACGCUCUCUUGCAUCUCAAGUCUCAUGUCUGA